UCAAUAAAAAAUUUGAAAUUUUUUAGAAUAUAUGCGGAAAUACGUUAAUAUCAAAUAGUUUUUCGCCAAUAUGUAUUCAUUGUAAAAAUCGUCGCUGUAGUCGUUUUUAUCAAUAACUGGUUUCGUGAUAAUUUUUUUUGUUCGUUUCCUGAGCCCGCAAUUAAAUAAAGUGGUGUAUUUUCUAAUAUAUAGUCGCACAGCGAGCAGCAGACUUUAAGUAAACGUGAGUGCGGCUGCUUGUGUGUUAUGAGUGCAUGCUUACCUUUUUGUGGAGAAUAGAUUAACAUAUAUCGAGAACUUGAAUUAACCAAACAAUUUGCAAAUUUUCUGUUGCAAACUACUUCAGAAAUCUUCUCUUUCCUUAAGUGAACAGCUGAACAGCUUCAAAAUUAAUUACUCAAAGUAUCACCAUAACGCUAUGACCCUCUCGGCCAUAGCAAAGCCAAUACUGUAUUCGUAUUGGCGUAGCUCUUGCUCAUGGCGAGUACGUAUUGCUCUCAAUUUAAAGGAGAUACCGUAUGAUAUUAAACCAAUUAGCCUGAUUAAAUCGGGCGGUGAACAACAUUGCAAUGAGUAUCGUGAAGUAAAUCCCAUGGAGCAAGUACCAGCACUACAAAUUGAUGGUCACACCCUAAUUGAGUCAUUAGCUAUUAUGCAUUAUCUGGAGGAAACACGCCCUCAGCGUCCUUUAUUGCCACAAGAUGUUCAUAAACGUGCCAAAGUACGUGAAAUUUGUGAGAUAAUCUGCUCGGGAAUACAACCUUUGCAAAAUUUAAUUGUGUUAAUUCACGUGGGUGAAGAGAAAAAAAAGGAAUGGGCCCAGCAUUGGAUUACCCGUGGCUUCCGUGCGGUAGAGAAAGUUCUAUCUACUUCGGCUGGUAAGUACUGCGUUGGUGACGAGAUUACCAUGGCGGAUUGUUGUUUGGUACCGCAAGUUUUCAAUGCUAGAAGAUUUCAUGUCGAUUUGCGUCCAUAUCCUAUAAUAUUGCGUAUUGAUCGCGAAUUGGAAAGUAAUCCGGCUUUUCGUGCCGCCCAUCCAUCCAAUCAACCUGAUUGUCCACCCGAGUUGCCAAAUAAAUAGAAUUUUCCGAAUCCAACUGCAAAACGACGCAAAACAAAAAAAUAACUGCAGUUUAUUAAUAACAAAAUCUGGAAUAAAUAAAAAAAACAAUUGACACACAAUAAAAAAAAGGAAUAAAAAGAAAAAAAAAAAAAAAAGAAAUGCAAAAAAAUGCGUAAAGCUAAGCCUUUAUUUAUUAUGUCUACAAUUAUAAGAAUUCAAAUUUUAUGUAUAAAAGAAUGGUUGAAAAAAAAAAAAAAAAAAAUGAAAAAAGAUUAAUAAAAAAAUACAGCCCUAGAUGUGAUUAAGGCAGUUGCAAACCGCAUAAGCGAACGUUUCUCAAACGUUGAAAAUAACCCUUAAAAAAAAAAAAAAAAAA